CGGUAUUUCCGCAAUAAUAAUAAGCCAAAGUUAAUUUGUUGUAAUAUUUGCUAAAGUUCAUUUUUUUGUUUCCUUCAGUAAAACACGUCUGUCUCCUUCAAUGGAGGUCAGCGGCCUAUCAUGAAACUCCGGCCUCAGUAUGACAGGAGAGCUUUUAGCGAGUCCAGAAGAAUAUUGAAACCGAGGGAAUCGACUGUGAUGCCGACCGAACUGAACUCUCACGAUGGAAGCGGUUUAUCUUUAGCUUUGCAACCCGGACACCUUACCAGGACACCAGCGGCAGCAGUGUCCAUCUCCCAGGAGCUCGACGAACUCCAAGUGGCAGGCGGCAGCACAACCGGAGAGAGCAGCGGGCGACCUGCUUCUCGGAGACCACGAGGGGGAGCUCACGGUUACCGUCACCCUCAUUCCCAUUCCCAUUCUCAUUCUCACGGCCCCGGCACAGCUCACACACAGCUGGAUCCCGAAGCAGAGCGAUCUAGUGCUGAGCAAGACUCCGGAGAAUCCAGCGCGUCUUUCUCUGAGCUACGCUACCUGUUCCAUUGGCUGCAGAAAAGUCUUCCUUUCAUCAUCAUUCUUAGUGCAAAACUUAUUAUACAACAUGCCCUAGGGCUGGCUGUUGGAGUUGGUCUGUUUACAACUUUUCUGUACGUGAAUAAAAACAUCCAAACACAGGUUUUUCUCCAGGACCGGAGGUCAAAGCUUCAGUGUUUAUGGCUUCUGUCUUUCCUGGUAGCCUCUUCCCUGCUUUUCUACUACACAUUUCAGACAGAGUCACUUUACUACUGCCUCAUCCUUAUCAACCCCCAUGUUGAGCACCUGGAUUUCUGGGAGGUUUUAUGGGCUGUUGGUGUGACCAGUUUCAUUGUGAAGUUUGUUUUCAUGGGAUUCAAGUGCCUUAUUCUUCUCCUCCCUUCCCCUGUCAUGGUGUACAGAAGACGGGCUCAGUGGUACAUGUUCAUAGAAGAGAUUAGUCAAAUAUAUCAGGUAAUUGCACCUAUGCCUCCUUGGUUCCGCUAUCUGGUCAGCUCCCUGGAAGUGGACGGCUCUGUGGGAUUGACCCUGGGUGUUUUACUAGCAUUGCUAUACCUCAUUCUGAAGCUUUUGGGACUUUACAGUCAUUGGGGAUCCCUGAAGAAAACAGUCCGGGCUUUUCUCAGUUAUGAUGUGAAUGGUGCCCCUGCCACUCAGUCCCAGUGCACUGAGGCUGGAGAUAUCUGCCCUAUCUGUCAGUCAGACUUCAAACAACCUCGAGUCCUGCUGUGUCAGCACAUAUUCUGUGAGGAGUGUAUUGCACUGUGGUUUAACCAGGAAAAGACCUGUCCUCUAUGCCGCACCAUCAUUACAGAUAAGGUAUACAAAUGGAAAGAUGGGGCAACGUCACCUUACCUGCAAAUCUACUGAGAAUAAUGACAUCUUACCCCACAUGUCUCUUGAAUGAGAGAUGACUCCUUGCUUUCUUACUGAAACAGAAUGGGAAGUAAAAGAAAAGCUGCAGUAUCUUGUCAAAACAACUGUGUGCUCUAAGAAUGUACAUUUUCUGCCUUGCUGAAGUGCACAUUCUUUUGAUUGAGCAGCAGGUGAUUCAAUGGCAAUACUUAGUGUGUUUUAAAAACCAUGUCUCAUGCUUUGUUGAUAUAAGGGCUGUGAUUUUAAACCCAGUUAAAGGCAAUGGUGCUUGUGUUUGCAGUUCAGAAUAUUACUGGACCUAAGUUCCUUUCUGUAUUUUUUUUUUUCUUUUCAACUAUCAUAUGCUGUUUCUUUACAUGACAACAGAUUUCUGUCUUUCUGACUUCUUUUCAUACUGGUAUGGCUUAGCCCAUAAAGGGUUCUGUCCUUAGGGAGAGAACUUUUUAUUUAUUUUUGAAGAGAUAUUUUGCAUCAAAAUGCAAAAAAAAAAAAAAAAAAAAAAUCACUCCACUCAAACUGUUUCAUUUAUCUUUAUUUUAUAUAUUUAGAAGUUACCACUGAAUCUGCCAUCAUGGUAUAUCCCUCUGGUAUUACAAACAUCAAAUAUGGUCCUUGCCAGGAAGCAGGAACCUUUUAUGUAGUGAGUUACAUAGUUAUGGAAAGUUGCCAUAUUGAGCUUUGAAGAAGCUAAUUUUAUUCAUUUGAUUUGAUGUGUCUGCAGUUAAGAAUACAUAAAAAAAUUCAGGUGUACAGAUUCAUAAUUUUCUAAAUCUUGUCCACCUACAGCUUUGUAAUAAACCAAAGAAUUUAUUGAAAAUACUA